CUGGUGAGUGCCAGGCUAGAUUUAGCUAUUCUUACAUCUGAAUGACAGUAGGGUUAAAAACCAAGAAAUCACUAAAUCAAUGUUUGUCAUCUUUCUAAAUAAAUAAAUGAAUAGAAAUAAAACAUAGAUAAUCUUAUCUCAGUCUCAAAUGGAACAUAUUCCUGAUACAGUUUGCAUUUUCGUUCCUAUUUUGUCACUGACAAUAAAAUAGUAAAAGUUUAUCUUUUAAUAAUUCAGUGUACAAGCGGGAAAUUAACAUAAUGAUUGUACAGUCACAUUUGUAAAUUUAAAAAAAAAAAAAAAAACAGCACAAAAUACCUCAAAUCUUAGUGUCAUGUUUUGAUUGGUCAAGUCACAUGAGGGACGUGCAUUCACAAGAAUUUCCAGAUAAAAAGACACAUAUUUUUCACUUCCAUUUGGAGUGACUCUCAGGUUAGGUUGUUUGUGUGUCUUUAAUAGACUCUGUGUUCAUAAUAAUAACAAUAAAAAUAACAAAUGAGUAAUUGAAUUAUUUAAAGCUUUCUGAAAUAGUCAACAUCAACCGGAAAGAAAAUGAGUGAAAGAGGUGUUGCUAUGCUGAUGUCCUUCAAAAUGGCUCAUCCUUUUCUUCUGAUCUUUCUGCUCAUGAUUUACGGGGUUUCUAGUGCCGAUUGGGGUGUGAGUUACAGACCUUCACACAUCUGUGCACUAAAGAACUCAUCAGUGAUAAUGAGCUGUACUUAUACAUACCCUACUACUGGAUAUCAGAUCAUGAAAGUGUUAUGGACUAAAGACACUGUAAGGGGUAAAGAGCCUCCAGAUCUGUCUGAGGACCCUGAAUACAGUCAGAGGCUUCAGUAUCUGGGAGAUAAACAGCAGAACUGCACCGUCAGACUGAGUCAUGUGACAGUGAUGGAUUCACGCAUGUACUAUUUCAGAUUCAUCACUGAUAAACCUGAUGGUAAAUGGAUUGGUGAUCCAGGAGUGACUCUUGCUGUCACAGAUCUUCAGGUGGAGUCUCCUGAGAGAGUGACAGAGGGAGAUUCAGUCCAUCUGACAUGUAAAAGCAGCUGCACUCUGACUGACAGAGCAACAUUCAUCUGGUACAGAGACUCACAGCCAUUAACUGAGAGAAGAGAUGGAAACAAUGAACUCCUGCUGCAGUCAGUCAGAAGAGAGGAUGCAGGCAGAUAUAGCUGUUCUGUACACGGACACAACCACAUCUCUCCUGCUGUUGAGCUCAAUGUCACGUAUCCACCCAGCAAUGUUUCAGUGUCCAUAAGUCCGUCUGGUGAAAUAGUGUCAGGAGGUUCAGUGACUCUGAGCUGCAGCAGUGAUUCAAACCCUCCUGCAGAAAUCAGCUGGUUUAAAGGAGGAACGUUUGUAAGAGCUGGAAGAAUCUACAACUUCUCAAAGAUCAGCUCUGAUGACAGUGGACAAUACAAGUGCAAGUCCAUCAAUGAACAUGGAGAGAAAUACUCUGACGCUGUGACUUUAAACGUCAUGUACCCUCCCAAGAACGUCUCAGUGUUGAUAAACGGAUCCGGUGAAAUAGUGUCAGGAGAUUCAGUGACUCUGAUCUGCAGCAGUGAUUCAAACCCUCCUGCGGAAAUCAGCUGGUUUAAAGGAGGAACGUUUGUAAGAGCUGGAAGAAUCUACAACAUCUCAAAGAUCAGCUCUGAUGACAGUGGACAAUACAAGUGCAAGUCCAUCAAUAAACAUGGAGAGAAAUACUCUGAUAAUGUGACUUUAAAUGUCAUGUACCCUCCCAGGAACGUCUCAGUGUUGAUAAACGGAUCCGGUGAAAUAGUGUCAGGAGAUUCAGUGACUCUGAUCUGCAGCAGUGAUUCAAACCCUCCUGCGGAAAUCAGCUGGUUUAAAGGAGGAACGUUUGUAAGAGCUGGAAGAAUCUACAACAUCUCAAAGAUCAGCUCUGAUGACAGUGGACAAUACAAGUGCAAGUCCAUCAAUAAACAUGGAGAGAAAUACUCUGAUAAUGUGACUUUAAAUGUCAUGUACCCUCCCAGGAACGUCUCAGUGUUGAUAAACGGAUCCGGUGAAAUAGUGUCAGGAGAUUCAGUGACUCUGAUCUGCAGCAGUGAUUCAAACCCUCCUGCGGAAAUCAGCUGGUUUAAAGGAGGAACGUUUGUAAGAGCUGGAAGAAUCUACAACAUCUCAAAGAUCAGCUCUGAUGACAGUGGACAAUACAAGUGCAAGUCCAUCAAUAAACAUGGAGAGAAAUACUCUGAUAAUGUGACUUUAAAUGUCAUGUACCCUCCCAGGAACGUCUCAGUGUUGAUAAAAGGAUCUGGUGAAAUAGUGUCAGGAGGUUCAGUGACUCUGAUCUGCAGCAGUGAUUCAAACCCUCCUGCAGAAAUCAGUUGGUUUAAAGGAGGAACGUUUGUAAGAGCUGGAAGAAUCUACAACUUCUCAAAGAUCAGCUCUGAUGACAGUGGACAAUACAAGUGCAAGUCCAUCAAUAAACAUGGAGAGAAAUACUCUGAUACUGUGACUUUAAACGUCAUGUACCCUCCCAGGAGCGUCUCAGUGUUGAUAAACGGAUCUGGUGAAAUAGUGCCAGGAGGUUCAGUGACUCUGAGCUGCAGCAGUGAUUCAAACCCUCCUGCUCUGAACUUCAGCUGGUUUAAGGAGAGUGAAAGCUCAGCUGUUGGAUCUGGACAGAGUUUCAGUGCACUACAGAGUGGACGCUUCUACUGUCAGGCUCAGAAUAAAUAUGGAUCUCGGAGAUCGGAUGCUGUAACUGUCACAGUUCAUCAUGGUCCUGGUAGGAAUGUGAUUGAGAACACAGCGGCAUCUGGAGGAUUCAUCAUAAUCAUAAUCAUCAUAAUCAUCAUAAUCAUCAUCAUCACCAUCAUCAUCCUCUUUAUAAUAAAGAAACGAAGGAGUGUUAAAACCGAAGAUCUCACAGUGAAACAGAAUGAUCUCCAUUCUGACGCGUCACAGAGAGUUUCAGUCCAUGACGAGCCUCUUUCUGAACCGGAUUCAGCCAAUGACGCUCCAUAUGACAGUGUGAAACCAAACAGAUUCGGAGGAAAAACUCACGAAUCUAGAGAUACUGAGGAGGUCCAGUACACAACUGCUCAACAUCACAGAAAGGAAGAGAAGAAAAGACUGCAAGAGAUAUAAUGAUAUAAGAGUUCAUCAGCCUGAUGCUGCCGUAGACGAUCAACUGUUGAAAAUGUGAAAGACACAUCAGUGAUCUACAGCAGCAAAUGAGUGGCAGAGUGUCGUAAAGCCUGUGUUCAGACAUCAGUCUGGACUGCUGGGAAAUGGAGGACUGGAUAGUUGUGAAAUAAUUUAUCCAUCUGUUCAGAUCACAACCACUAUAAACAUGUUUAUUCAAAGAGAACAAAUCUUGUUUAUCACCCACAUUGAGUCUCAAUGUGGGUGAUAAACAAGAUUUGUUCUCUUUGAACUUUUGUGAGAGAAUGACAGUCUGUUUCUUAUUUGUUUCAUGUUUGUUUUGUGUAUAUAUAUAUAUAUAUUUUUAAUUUGCCUCGUUUUAAGUUUGUUUGAGUUUAAUCUGUUAGUAGUAUAGACCCAGAUAGCAAGCAACCAUCGAAACAAUGGUAAAUCUGUGUUAAUGUUUCAAUGUUAACUGAAAAAAACAUCACUUGGCACCCGCAAUUAAUGUUGAAAUUUUUUUUGAAAUUUCAUCAACAAUUAAUGGUAAUGGCAUUGAAUCAAUGUUAUAAUGUGUUGAUUCAACAUCAUGCUUCCACUCUCAGAAAAUGAAACAACAACUACAGGUGACAACCUCAAAUCAAGUACAAAUAAAAGAAGACAAUAAACCUC